UAUAUGUGUGCACACACGAUCAUUCAUGCAAGCGCAGUAGGCAUACAAAUACAGGGUGCCAACCCUCCCAUUGCUAAAAAUAUACAUAUGCACAUAACAAAUACAAAUGCAAGAAAUAAUCAUGCGAACAUUAUGGACCAACAGUAAGAAGAACUUUGUGAAUACUGCAAGUUUCAUGGCUCACGAAGGACUCACGAGAACUGUGUAAAACGCAGAAAGAAGAAAAAUUCCUUGCUAACCCGAUUUUCACACACAAUUUAAUAGAAAAUUUUCAUAUGAAUAUCAUAAAACCUUACACUAAAUAAUACUCACGAAGUAAACGUGAAACAAGCGCUUAGAUUAGUCGGAACACCACAAAUUGACUGAAAAAAAACGAAAUUAACGCACAUAAAUGCACAUAAAAUCAAUUUCACGCAUUGUAAUACAGCAUUUUUAUGAGAAUAGUGAAAAAAGUUGACCCUUGAAAUACUCACGAAUUUUAAAGAGCACGAAACUAAGCGAAAAUGCAGUGUGAACAGCAAAAGCUUGGGCUAAUUAGCGUAAAUGCGAUAAAACUGACGUAAAAAGUCACUCACUGAACAAUAAAUAUACAUACAUAUAUACGUAGUAGAUUAAAAAAGUAAAGAAAAAAAGAACACCAACUAACGCAUUUUAACAAAACGCACAAAACACGGAGGGAAUAUGCUGCAUGCAACCCUGCGCUUAAAGUGGAAGGAAACAAACCACAAAACUAACUAAAAUUUAGAAUAAAAUCAAAGCAAUAGCAGCACCACAACAACAGUAUACAAGCAACACCAAAAAGACUUUUUAAUCGCGAAGUUCAAACCGCGCGCGUCAGUUGAAACCUUCAUCCACAUAGAAAAACCAACCAACAACGCAUUUAAAUGUUGCCCAUCGACUCGACGCUCGCAGCCAGCUCUGCCAAAGUGUCGCAUAGCUCACCGCCCUAUACGCUGCGCUGCCGACCGUCACGCAAUGCCAGCAACGUCGUGUUGAUCACGCAACAACAGCCGGACAACAACAAGUGUGGCGCCGGACGCACGUCGGACGAUGCCGCCAAUGUCAGCACCACUUCGGUGCAUGUGCACAGUGGCAAUGGCAACAAUAACCUCCGUGCAACAGGUGUCACGACAUUGAGCAAUGACAAUCCGGGCGGCGGCGGCGGCGGCGGCAAUGCCAAUAACAGCAGCAGCAGCAGCGUACAUUCAGCAACGAGUUUUCGCAACAAAAUGCCAUCGAUCUCAAUUAUACCGUUGCCGGUUAGCGGCGCAGCGGCCACCAUCGCCAGCUGUAGCGGCACAACGACGAGUACGAGUGUGGUGCGCACCGUGACCACCUCGAAUAAGGCCACGUCGCCGCCGCCGCUUUUCAAUUCACCGCCAAGAAGCAAUAACAGCGGCAGCAGUGGCUUGCAGCCGCAACGUCCACUGUUGCAGCACCAGUAUCAGCAGACGGACAAGUGCACCAUAUUGAAAUUCGAUGUGGUGCGUAAGCCAACUGUCGCUGCGACAGCGGUCGAGCAAUUAUCGCGUAACGUAAUUGCAACGGCGCCGAAAGCGCAAACGACCGCCACUUCAACGGUGACGAGUGGCAUGGCGUUUUCGGCCACGAGUGUUGCAAGUCGCCAACAACAGUUGCAGGCAUUGCAGCAAUCCAUUUUCGAUCAUGAGAUGUCCGAUGACGCCGAAGCGGAUGCGGAAAUUGCUGCGCUGCAUCAACAGGUGCUGAGUGGCAACACAGCAAGCACUCUGGCUACGGGCAGUCAGCCCAUUAUCGUAAAGAUUGAGCCAGCGCAGUCAUUUCACAUCGUCGAUGAAUCGGAUACGCGUGUGCUGAGCUUGCCACUCUCGGAUGCGGAUAAGGUUGGUGCGAGUUGGAUUGAUCUGAAGGAUAUUGCCGGCUUGCAGACCACUUCGGCCACACUGGUGGACGUGUGUUUCGAUUCACCGCCCGGAUUGCUGCCGGUCAGCUCGAAUACGUCCACUACCACAGCCGAAGCAGUGGUGCAGACGGUCGUUGAGUCGGGCGGCAUGAGUCAUAUACAAGGCGCUAAGAAGCGCCAAUUGGUUGUUAAGCAAAUAUCGGUGGAGCAACCGGCAACAACGGCAACUAUUAUUGAGACUGUAAUCACACCUGCUACGGUUGUAACGGCCACGGCUACGGCUACGACAUCGACAGCAUCCGGAACGUCUACGGUGUCGCGUUUCAAUGCGAAUGAACGUGCACAACAGCAGCAACAAUCACAGCAGCCAUCGCAACAACAGCAACAGCAAUUGCAGCAGCAGCAGCAGCAGCAACUUCAGAAUAAAGGUACCCCGGCAGCGGGUACUGCAUUAACACCGUCCUCAUCAACUGGACUGAAUGUCGGUGGAGCCAUGACAGCUCAAAUUGAAAUAAUUCCAUGCAAAGUCUGUGGCGACAAGUCAUCUGGCGUACAUUAUGGCGUUAUAACAUGUGAAGGUUGUAAAGGUUUUUUUCGCCGGUCACAAAGUUCUGUAGUGAAUUAUCAGUGUCCUCGCAAUAAACAAUGUGUUGUCGACCGUGUCAAUCGCAAUCGGUGUCAAUACUGUAGACUGCAAAAGUGCCUACAAUUGGGAAUGAGUCGUGAUGCUGUAAAAUUCGGUAGAAUGUCGAAGAAACAGCGUGAGAAAGUGGAGGAAGAGGUGAAGUUUCACAAGGCGCAGUUGCGAGCACAGAGUGACGCGGCGCCGGAUAGCUCAGUUUUCGACACACAAACACCUUCGAGUAGCGAUCAGCUGCACCAUAAUUACAAUGGCUAUGGCGGCUACUCCAGCAAUGAAGUGAGCAGUCCCUACGGUUAUGGCUACUCGACAUCGGUAACACCGCAACAGACGAUGGCCUAUGAUAUAUCUGCGGAUUACGUCGACAGCACCACGUAUGAGCCGCGUGGCACGAUAAUGGAUCCGGACUUCGUCAGUCAUGCUGAUGGCGACAUCAAUGAUGUUCUUAUAAAAACCUUAGCCGAGGCACACGCCAACACAAGCACCAAACUCGAAGCCGUACACGAUAUGUUCCGGAAGUCUCAGGAUAUUUCGAGGAUACUCUACUACAAGAAUCUGGGCCAGGAGGAGCUGUGGCUAGACUGCGCUGAAAAGCUAACACAAAUGAUACAAAACAUAAUCGAAUUUGCGAAACUGAUACCCGGAUUUAUGCGAUUAAGUCAGGAUGAUCAGAUUCUGCUACUGAAAACUGGAUCAUUCGAACUGGCCAUCGUGCGAAUGUCGCGAUUGCUCGAUCUCUCACAGAAUGCGGUACUCUAUGGUGAUGUGAUGCUGCCGCAGGAAGCGUUCUACACAUCCGAUUCGGACGAAAUGCGUCUGGUAUCGCGAAUCUUUCAAACGGCUAAAUCAAUAGCCGAACUGAAACUGACUGAAACGGAGUUGGCGCUGUAUCAAAGUUUAGUGCUGCUCUGGCCAGAACGAAAUGGCGUGCGCGGUAAUACAGAAAUCCAGAGGCUUUUCAAUUUAAGCAUGAAUGCAAUAAGCCAGGAGGUUAAAGCGAACCAUGCGCCCUUAAAGGGCGAUGUGACUGUUUUAGAUACAUUGUUAAACAAUAUACCGAAUUUCCGCGAUAUCUCCAUAAUGCAUAUGGAAGCACUGAGCAAAUUUAAGCAACAACACCCGAACGUCGUCUUUCCGGCGCUAUACAAAGAACUGUUCUCAAUAGAUUCGCCGCAGGAUCUCACAUAACAUCAAGAAAACUAUGUGGAGACUACGAACGCAAUCGAUGCACCGGACACCCUAGAUGCGUUAACGUAGAAACAAAGAAUUACCCGAUGACUGUUGGCAGAGUUGGCGAUGAGGUAGGAGAUGCGGACUUGAAAGCGAUGACGAUGACGGUGUCGGUGACGGUGAUGGCAAGUAGUGCAUGCAAUGCAUGAAACUGAUUGCUGCUGCAAUGACUUUACGUUAGAACAAGCUGUAACAACAACAACAACAAACACAUACGAAACCAACAACAACACAAGCAAUUUUAUUGAAACAACAGCCAACUGCAAGCAGACAGUCAGAUGACCAACAAGCGUCCGAAGUUCUGUUUAACGGAACUUAAAGUGACAACAACAAACAAUGUAUUCUCAGUUUAUUCACUGUUAAAAUAUAGCGUAACAAAAACAAAAACAAAAACAAAAACACACUAAACAAGCAAAAGAAAUAGUAAAUCAUAGUGCAGAACAAAAGAAACAAAAGGUUUAUAUAACUAAUUAAUUCAAGCCACACAUAAUAAGCAGUAACAAACAAUAACAAAAACAAAACAAAAAACCAAGAAAAAAUUAAGCAAAUAUUAAGCAGCAAAUUAAGUUUAAGGAUAUUUAUACAGAAUUUAAAUAGUAACAGAAAAAAUACAUAUACAUAUAUACAUAUAUACAUAGACAAACCAAAAUGCCGAAUGCACACACACAUACAAAUACACACGAAUUCAUAAGCAAACCACACAAACCGCAAUCACACCUCUCUACAUUUGCAUACAAAAGAAAAGAGAAAAAGUAAAAAUAAACGCAAAAUAAAACGCAAUAACUACAAGAUACCGUACAUUAUAUCACAUUGUUAUAACAAAAGAAAAAAUAAAACUAAAUACUAAUUAUUCAGAAUCAUUCUAAGUAAAACGCGCAGCAGAAACACAGGAAAAUUAAAGCAGCAUUUAAGCCACAAAAAUAGGCGAACAUAAAGUAAGACAAAUAAAACAAAACUACGGAUACAUACUAACAGUUAUAGUCACACACACACACACAAAUACACAACUCCACUUUCACCUAGAAACAAGAAGAAAAUCUCGAAAAAUUAAACUUUCAACUUCAAAAACUAAAAUACAAAAACGUUGCCAAUCUAACGCAAACUUAUUCAGCCCUUAACAAAAAAACAAAAGCAAAAAAGCUAAACGAAAACUCUAUAUACUACGUAGUUGAUGCCUGGCGCAAUCGGCGAAACCCAAGCAAACGCAAACAAUUUAUUUCGUUCAACUCGAACCAGCACAAAUUUUUCCAAAAGAUAUAAAAAAAAAUAUUAAUUAAAAUUAGAAGGUAUAUAACUUGCGAAUAUUAUUGAAAAGACUUUUGCAAAUCGAUAAGCAUACACACACACAUACACAUACAUCAUUAAAAGCAAACGAGUGCUCACGGCCGAAAACCUAACCUUUGCAUUGAUUGUUGAAAAAAAUAGUGGAAAAAGUUAAAAAGUGGCUGAUUUUCGUCGUACAUCUCGUAAGCAAGCAUAUUUUCUAGACCGACUGUCAGCACAGUGCAAAAAUAAGUGUGAGCUAUUUUUAGGCGCCAUUUUAGUUGCAGCACUGCUAAUUAACAGCCUUGCUGUAAACUCACGCAUAUGCUUUACCAUUAUGUGUUGAAAUGUUAUUGAUACCAAUUGCUUUUUUAUUCGUUAUUGUUAUGUUUUAGUUUUCUGUAAAAUUUUGUUUAACUAGUUAAUAUCUUAAUUUGCUAUUUUCAACACCUUUACUACAGAAUUCUAAAGAAUGUUAAUUAACAUUCUCAGCUUUUGCAUAGGCUCAUCCGUAAAUGUUAAUAACAUGCUGUUGUGCUACAUAAGCAAAUGUGCUGCAAUGCAAGGUUUUUUUUUUAUUUGUUGACUUGUGUUGUUUUUGUAUACCUCCUGCCGAGGAUAAUGCUUUUAAUAGGAAGAGAAGUACGCAAAGAGAUCCACCUACAAUCCUAUCUAGGAGAUAUGAGGCUCUUUGUACAUAUACAUAUGUAUAUCCAUACACAUAAAUGAGAAUUUAUUUUGUUGUAGCUUUGAGAGAAAAUUUAAAUAUUUAAGUCUUUUUGCUGAAUUUCCCUGCUGUUGUGCUGCAUGCUCACGAUCGUUCCCACAUCAGUCGGAUCCAUAUAAGCGGAACGAAGCCGGAUUUUUAUCGGACCAAAGUCGGUCCCCGAAAUUUUCUGAGAAGGUUAACUACCUGUACCUCUAAAAGGCAUCAACGACCGACUCGGUGUAUAUAAUUAGUACUUUUCUGAAAAUUUCCAAGAGAAAUUUAUCAUUUCAAUACAAGACUGUACAAAUUUUAAGGGUACAUCUAGGUGAAUGCGAUUUUUGGGAAUUAGAAGUCGAUUAGAUCAAAAAAUUGGAAGGUCAUUUUAUGUAGACAACGCGGUAACAUAUGAUAGUGAUCGAGUCAUCUGCCUCCAAGUAAUUUCUCAAGCAAAUUUGAAUGAAGUAUUUCUGAGAAAAACGAGUUUAAAAAUAAGCUCAGCUUCAGAACGCAAGAACGUUAAGACUAGAUAAUGAAAAAAAACAACCAUAACAAUCCAUCGAUCCAUAAUAAUCGAUAUUUAGUGGCCAGUUUAAAGCAGAGCAAAGCUGUAAAAGGAAUAAUUGCUGGGUAGUUAUUUUUUUAAAUUUUAAUCGCGGGAGCCUCGCUAAUAGUAUAUAAUGAAGAGCUUGAGCGUUAUUUAAAGGUUGUGUCUCUCACUAUUUCUAUCUCCUCCUCCUUUUGUUUUUGAAAACAACUACAAAGUUGACAGAGUGAGAGUUGUUUCUGCAAAGCUGAAAGCACCGGCAUCGCCCAAUUGUGUUCAUAAGUAUAGUUCACGUCUUUGUCUAUCGAACGAGCAAAACGUAUAUAUAUAUAUUUAUAUAGAUAUUCCGAUUUGAUAUACAAAGUUUAUUUUAAUUUUGUAAUACGUUUUAUGAAAAUUACAAAAAAAAAUAGCUGAGAUAUUUUACACCAGCUUAUAGUGUUCAAAAAACUAGUGAAAAAACGCAUAAAUUUGUAUUCGCUGUUUUAUACUAUAUUUUGUUUAAGCAUAUACAUACA